AUGGAUGAAGAUAAUAAAAUGGAAUCUGAUCAGCCUCCUAAGAAGACUCCUCUCAACAAGUAUGCCCUCGCUUGCGCCGUUUUGGCUUCCACCAACUCCAUCCUCUUGGGAUAUGAUAUUGGAGUGAUGAGUGGAGCUGUGUUAUUCAUAAAAGAUAAUAUGAAUAUUUCAUCUUCUCAAGUCGAAAUCUUGGUUGGGUCAUUGAAUGUUUGUUCUCUAAUUGGAGCGCUUGCAUCUGGAAAGACUUCAGAUAUGAUUGGUCGAAGAUACACAAUUAUCUUAUCAGCAGCAACUUUCUUAAUAGGUUCACUUUUGAUGGGCUUUGCUCCUUCCUACCCAUUCCUUAUGGCUGGAAGGGUCGUUGCUGGAAUCGGUGUUGGUUAUUCUCUCAUGAUUGCUCCUGUCUAUACAGCCGAGGUAUCCCCCGCAAUGACACGUGGUUUGCUCACAUCACUCCCUGAAAUCUUCAUCACUGUUGGUAUUUUACUUGGCUAUAUUUUCAAUUAUGCAUUAGCUGGUUUACCACACCACAUCAACUGGAGGUUAAUGCUUGGCCUAGCUGCUCUUCCAGCAAUUGCCAUUGCCUAUGGAGUUUUGCAAAUGCCUGAAUCACCGCGUUGGCUUAUUAUGAAAGGCAAUAUAGAAGAAGCUAAAAGAGUGCUUCGUAAAACUUCAGAUAAUGAUGAUGAAGCUGAUUUGAGAUUAGAAGAAAUAAUUAAAGCUGCUGGAUCAACUACUAAUUGGAAAGGUCAGGGGGUUUGGAAAGAACUAUUAAGGCCAACUAAGCCACUUCGCCGCAUUCUUCUAGCUGCUAUCGGUAUAAAUUUCUUCAUGCAAGCCUCUGGUAAUGAUGCAGUGGUAUACUACACGCCAUCCGUGUUCAAUGCUGCAGGAAUUCACAACCGUAAAGGACUAAUAGCUGUGACCAUCAUCAUGGGGAUUGCGAAGACAUUUUUUUGCAUUGUAUCAGCACUUUUCUUGGAUAAUUUCGGAAGGAGGCCUAUGUUGUUGUUGGGUACAAUAGGAAUGGCUGUUUCUCUAGCUGGUCUUGGGUUAGGCUCAAUGUAUCUACACAAUGUCGAUUAUAAGCCACCAUGGGCUAUCGCAUUGUGUGUUGUUGCAGUAUGUGCUGAUGUUUCAUUCUUCUCAAUAGGACUUGGUCCAAUAACAUGGGUCUAUUCAUCAGAAAUAUUUCCUAUUAGGUUAAGGGCACAAGGUACGAGCUUGGCGGUUUCAGUGAAUCGAUUGAUGAGUGGUGCGGUUGCAAUGACAUUUCUAACCAUAUCCAACAAGAUAACAUUUGCAGGAACCUUCUUUCUACUUUGUGGAGUUAUGGUAGUAGCAACUAUUUUUUUCUACUUUUUCUUGCCUGAAACCAAGGGCAAGAGCCUAGAAGAAAUUAUGGCAAUCUUUGAGGACAAAAAGGAGGAAACGAUUGAAAGAUAGUA